AUGGCUGUAGCAAGGAUCAUUGUCGACUUGCAAAAGGCUCUGCCGCCCACCCACAUCACUGUCACCCCGAGCGCAGUCGUAAAUGGCAUCCCGACUUCUGGAUGUAUCGUGUAUCCCAGAACCAGCUACGAUGUUUCGGUAUUCUUGCAGGUCAUGACGCCGUACGUGCUUGACGGUAAAGUUACAUUCACCAUACGUGACGGCGGAAGACCGUUGCAUCCGGACCAAGAAGAGUUCAAAAAUGAUGUCAUCGUCCUCGACUUAUCUUACAUCAGGGAAAUUCACCUCAUAACCCCAAGGAUUGCCUCCAUCGGCGCUGGCGAGCGCUGGGGUGCUGUCUACGAGAAGCUACGCCUGGCAGGCGUCAACGUGGUCGGUGCUCGGAAUCCCGGGAGAGGAAUUGGAAACCUUGCGUUACAGGGUGGUCUAUCCUUCCUCUCGUCGAGCAUAGGGUUCGUAUCCGACAAUGUGGUCAGCUACGACGUCGUCCUAGCCUCGGGGGACAUCGUCAGAGCCAACGCCCAGGAAAACCCCCUCGAACUCAUGCCUUUCACGACGGUCCAACCCCAGAUAAAGGAGCUCACUUAUCUCGGAUAUGUCCACCUAGGAGCCGCCGCGGCUGAACCUGGCGGCCUAGGAAGCACUUCAAGACGCGCCCACCUUGACACCACGGUCAAAGCCGACGCUGCAACGCUGACAGCUGCCACGGACAUCUUCACCUCGGCCCUCGACCCUGUCAAGGCUCUCAACGAUCUUAGUCUCAUUGUGUCCAUAGUCUUCGAGCCACUACCGAUAUCGCUCAUCCAAGUCUCCAUCACAAAAAGCUACAAUCCCUUCGGCCUGGACUCUUCUGCCGGCCCCUUAGUAUCGAUCUCGCUCGUCCUAACUUAG